CCACGGGGACCUGCCCCUCCGCCAGUCUUACGCCUCUUGAGGGCUCCGCCGUCAGCAACCACAAACACGGUGUCCGAAGGCACCAUCAGCUGGUGAGCUACACCUCCCUGCCCUUCGACGGCGCGGGAGGAGGAAGACUCGGGGGAGGCCUUGAGAGCCUGUCCCUGGACCCCACCUUCUCUCCGGCGUCCCUCCUGUGCGUGCCCGUGGCGUGCCCGGGCAAGGAGACCCUGGCGGUGCUGGCCUGCCUCGUCGACAAGACCUCGGAGAUGGAGUUCGACCAGGAGGACGUCCUGACCGUGCAGGAGUGCUUCAAAUACACCAUCGGGAUGCUGGUGAACACAUUAACAGCUGAACGAGAACAUCGUCUUCGCACACAGUGUCAGGCUCUGCUCAAUGUCGCUCAGAACCUCUUCACGCACCUAGAUGACGUCACGGUCUUGCUGAGAGAGGUGAUGGCGGAGGCGAGGAAGCUGACGGAUGCGGAGAGAUGCUCGCUCUUCCUCGUGGACAAGGACAACGAUCAGCUGGUGGCCAAGGUCUUCGAUGGAGAGAGGAAGGAGGAGUCCGGUGGCGAGGUCAGACUGCCGCUGUCCCAGGGCAUCGCAGGUCACGUGGCCACGACGGGUCGCCUGCUCAACAUCAAGGAUGCCUACGCCCACCCGCUCUUCUACAAAGGCUUUGACGAAUGCACGGGAUUCAAGACCAGGAACAUCCUCUGUUUCCCGAUCAAGGAGGACGGCGAGGUCCUGGGCGUGGCCGAGCUGUGCAACAAGACGUCGGGCCUCCACUUCACCCGCUUCGACGAGGAGCUGGCCACCGCCUUCAGCAUCUACUGCGGCAUCUCCAUCAGCAACUCCCUGCUGUACAAGAAGGUCUUCGACACGCAGGUCCGCUCCAAGCUCUCCAAUGAGCUCAUGAUGUUCCACAUGAAGGUGACGAAGGAGGAGGUGGACAAGCUCGUUCAGGCGGAGAUCAUUCAGCCCCAGGCCUUCCACAGGGACUUCUGCUCCUUCAGGUAUUUCCCACGCCAGCUGAACGAGCAGUGCACGCCGCUAGCAGUGAUAUCCAUGAUGGAUAGCCUUGGGAUGAUUAACAAGUACAGAAUUAGCAAGGAUUCACUUGCCAGGUAA